AUGCCGCUUGAAAUACACAAUGACAUGAGUGUCAGGGUGUAUGUUGAACUGAAGAAAGAUAGUAGGCAGUUUGGGAUGUAUCCUUUGUGUAUUACCACAACUGAUAAGGUGAGUGAAUACAAUGUGUCUAGUGAAAGUGUAGUUAAAGGUGACAUACCGCAAUUAGAAUACAAUCAUCAAUUACAAGUUAUGAAUACAAAUGAUGCGACAGAACUGGCAACAUCAACUUUUGAUCAGCAAAUAGUUAUGUAUAAUGAUUUGAUCAUUUCAAAUCAUAAUCACAAAGAGAUCAAGGUAAAUCAGGUAUACAAUGAUAAAGAUACUUUGAAGGCUGUGAUGAAAAAAUAUGCAAUUGACAAUAGGUUUCAGUUCCGUAUAGAGAGAUCAAAUUCUAUAAGCGGAUUUUCAGCUACACCACUGUGUCUGUCAGAACAAUGUGAGUGGAAAAUGAAAGCUUCAAGCAUUAACAAAUCUGCAAUGUUCAAAGUUGGAGAGUUUGUGGACAAACGUACAUGUCCAUUGAAGGAUAAGGUGUAUUCUUGUACUCAAGCAAGUUGUGGUUUUAUAGCAGGCAGUAUUAAACCAAAGUUAAAAAAUCACAAGAGGAAGUAUACGCCAAAGGAUAUAGUAGAUGAUGUGAAAAAUGAAAUUGGUGUGGAUGUGAAUUACAUGAAGGCUUAUCGUGCUAAAGAAAAGGCUAUGAUGGAGUUGAGGGGAGAGCCAGCAUAUUCUUACAAGAAGUUACCUGGAUAUGUAUACAUCUUGGAUAAAACGUAUCCAGGUUCUCAUAUAAGAAUGCAAAAAUUGCCUGAAAAUGAGUUCUUAUAUCUGUUUGUAGCAUUGUAUGCCUUUAUAAAAGGGUUCGACUAUCGUCGACCAAUAGUGGUUGUAGACGGGAGCCACCUAAAACAAGAAUACAAUGGCACCUUUGUUUCAGCGAGCACUUUGGAUGGUGCAGGUAAUAUAAUGCCUCUAGCAUAUGGCGUGAUCGAUUCUGAGAACGAUAAGUCUUGGUCAUGGUUCUUUCAACGGUUCAAGAAAGUGUAUGGGGUAAGGGAUAACAUGUGUAUUGUAUCUGAUAGACAUGAAAGCAUCAUCAAGGCCGUUGCUAGAAUUUAUCCUACUAUUCCGCAUUUAGCUUGCAUAUGGCAUCUUUGGAAAAAUGUGUAUAAUAACUAUAGGAAGAGUCAUGAAGUGUUGAGCGGUGUAUACUAUAAAAUGGAAAAAGCAUACACACAGAAUGACUUUGAUAUGCUAAUGGGAAAAGUUGAGAAAAAGGAUAUUCGGGUGAAGGAGUACUUGGAUUCAGUGGGAAGGGCAAAGUGGGUUAGGCUUUGUUGUUCAGUUAACCGAGCAUGGACAUUAACAUCAAAUAUUGCUAAGUCCGUUAAUGCAACACUCGUAUCUGCUAUAGAAUUACCAAUAUAUGAUUUUCUGGAGGAAGUUAGGUUGAUGUAUGGACGAUGA